AUGGAGCAAGACAAUGAAUCCUCAGAAACACUUUCAGUUGUUUUCAAAGACCCAGUGUCCCGCAGUAUUGUUAACCACUCACAUAUAUGUGAGACUCUAGUUGCUGGAGAUAAAUUACAUUCUUCGUUGAUUAUAAUUGACCCGAAGCGAGCUUCUUUGAAAAAUCAAUUCAUGUUCAAAAUGUCAGUUAUCCCACGAGUUCUCAUUACACACUCUCGCGAUUUUUGGUCUCAAGAUGACCGUAAGUAUAUCUUGACAGUUGGUGUAAAUGGGGAAGUGACUGCUUUUGAUCCUACCAAUGACAAAGAAGAAAGGAUUCUUGACAUGAGAAAAAGAUUGAUCGAAGGAGGAGUAGUGCCUCAUUUACAGGUACUGGCGGCUUCUGAUGGGGAACAGUUUCAAUUUUUACGUGAACAUCUCAGUCGCCCAUUUCUUGAUAAAGUGACAGGAAAAGGUUUUUAUGCCAUUUAUAGACUGUUUUUUGACUACCAGGAAAACCAAGGGAAGGUGAUUGAUUGCGACUUAGAAGAAUUGGCUCAUGUUAGUCCUGGCGAUAUCAUGAUAUAA